AUGGCCAAAGAGACGACUGUGCCGCCUCCGCCGUCGGCCCCGGAGCUCAAUGUUUAUGUUUCCAGCCCAAGCGGCCCGCGGCCAGCCAAGGAGACCACGUUCCGGGAGUGGGUAGUCACCAACCAAAUCGGGAUCUCCUUGACUAUCCUGGCUAUGCUGCUGGCUCUUCAUAACCUCUACCCGUCGCUCCGCCCUUUUACUCAGCCCUUCUUCGAACUCUCCUACCACGACUCCGCGUCAAACACGUACGUCCAGGGCUGGAACGAUGCGUACUUUGUCGUCAGCGCGACACUGGCGCUGACCGCGGCUCGCGCAAUCAUUAUUGAAUGGGUGAUUCAGCCUCUGGGUCGCUCAUGGGGGCUGAAGCGCAAGGCUGCCCUCCGGCUGGCCGAGCAGGGCUGGCUGGCUCUGUACUAUGGGUUUAUCUGGACCAUCGGUUUGUACAUCUGGAAGAACUCGUACUACUGGUUCGAUUUCGCCGCUAUUUGGAAAGAGUGGCCUGCGCGCUCGCUCGGCGGCUUGAUGAAGUGGUAUAUCCUGGUGGAGCUGGCCUUUUUGCUGCAACAGAUCUUCGUCAUUCAUAUUGAGGAGAGGCGGAAGGAUCACUAUCAAAUGCUGUCGCACCACGUCAUUACCAGCACGCUGCUCAGCUCGGCCUAUGUCUACGGCUUUUACAAUGUGUCCAAUGUGGUGCUGUGCCUGAUGGACAUUGUGGACGUUCUUCUUCCCUCAGCCAAGAUUCUCAAGUAUCUGAAGUUCCAAAACGCCUGCAACGUCGCCUUCGGCGUCUUCAUGACGGUCUGGUUCAUCACCCGCCACGUCUUCUAUAACAUGCUGUGGUGGUCCAUCUACAAAAACGUGCCGCAGCAAAUGUCCUACGGCUGCUACUCCGGCGCAACAGCCGAGAUGAUCAGCACGAACGGCUAUCCCGACUCCUUCGCCUACCUCUUCGGGCCCUUCCGUGGCCUGGAGAACCCCAUUUGCAUGAACCGCACCAUUAAGUGGAUAUUCCUGUCCUUCCUGCUCUCUAUCCAGCUCCUCUCCAUCGUCUGGCUAGGCAUGAUCGUCCGUGUCGCCUACGGCGUCGUCUACCGCGGCAAUGCAGAGGAUACCCGCAGCGAUGAGGAAGACGAGGUCGAGAUGGACGGCACACUCGCUACGAACGGCACCGCGCGGCUGGCCGCCAAGGACGGCGUUAGCGCUGCCCCCGUCGUCGUGAACGAUAGUGCCCCUGGCCUAGACCGCCGGCGGUCGAACGGUGCUGGCUCGAUGCGCGCACGCGGCCGUGGCCGUGUGCCCUUCGAUCAGAGUGACCGCAAGGCCUUGCUGGGACGGAUCGGAUGUGACAAGCCUACCUAG